AUGAGGAAUGUUAGAACUAAAUGGGAAACAAAAGGGACACAUCCACGUUGGAUAGGAGAAGAAAUAUUCCCAAAGCUUAUUGAUCAUUGGAAUUCUGAUAAAUUCAAGGAAAUAUCUAAGCAGGCAAAGAAAAAUAGAGCAUCUGAAGUUGGUGGCUGCAACUACACAGCAGGAAGUAUUAGUGUGGCUGAAGUUGCGCGAAGGAUGCGUGAAGAAUUAGGUAGAACUCCACUUCUUAAUGAGCUCCACAUGGAGACUCAUCUUAAGAGAAAUGGAGAGUUUGUUUACGAACGCGCAAAAAUCACUCAAGAGAAUUUUGAUAGAGAACUUUCCAUAAAAUUGUCAGAGCAUCCCGAAAUACCUGAACCACCACCGGGGUAUCCUGUUGACCUUACUAUUGAUUUUCAGACUUGGUAUAAGGUUUCAGGUGGAAAGAAGAAAAAUGGGAGAAUGUAUUGUACUGGAGGGUAUUCCAAAAGUAUUAAGCGGCGUAGUAGGGAUUUCAAAAUGAGAUAUGCUGAUGGAGAAGGAUCAUCUCCUCCACCUAUAUUAACCACCGAAAUGCUUGAAAUUGUGAGAAACUUGGCGAAUACUGAGGCAGCACAACAAGUAGCAGCAAGAAAUUUGGAAAUUGAAGAGAUGAAGAGAAAACAAUUAGAGAUGCAAGAAGAAAUGCAAAGAAGAGGAAGAGAAUUACGGGAAGAAAUGAGGAGGCAGGCACAAGAGUAUCAAGAAGCAAUGUGGAUUGCAAACGAGCAGGCACAAAGGUUUGAUCAUUUUUUUGCUUCACAAAAUACCGGUGGUGGAUUUGGAGGAACUAGUGGAUAUGGAGGAGUUGUUGAAGAAGGAGAGGAACAAGAUGAAGAGAAUAAUUAA